AUGCGCUUCCCCCCUCCCUUCCAGGUGCGCUACCUGCUGUGGUCCUACGACCUGCCGCUGGUUGACUCAUACUUUAUGCUGGACUGCGACGAGGCCAACGAGGUUGCAGAUAACGAGGUUAGCCAGAUGAUCGAUUUCGAGGGUGCUCUGGGGCGCCCCGUCCUCGGGAUCGACCCGCUUCAGCAUGGCUCGCUUCACCACACUUCCCGACCGCACGGCAUCGGCAGCGUCGGCGUCGGCGUCGGCGACAGCGGCGGUGGCCUUCGCCAGGAUGAGUCGCGGCCCGCCACCCUGAACGGCGGCGGACGCGGCGGCCCCGUGCGAUUGCGGCGGCUGGCGCGUGAAGACGCGCAGCUGGCUAUGGCGGGGCUCGAGGCACGGUGA